AUGGCUGCCUCCAACAAUCACGUAGCAUCCUUGCGUCUGGCUCAAGCUGCCAUUUUCAAUGGCAAAGGGUUUGAGGAUGCAGCAGGUUAUGCUCGCUAUUUGCAACAGUUCCAGGAUCGUCCUCUCCAUCCUUCCAUCACUCUUGAUCCAUCUCGGUUCAACAGAUAUGGAAUGGAUGUUCCUCGCUUGAUCAACACUAUCGGAUGGGAUGAUAUCCUUCCAAAUUGUAAUUUUGGGUUUCGUCCUGAGGCAGUAAGAAUGUUCUACUCAAACAUGAAGCCCUGUCUUCAUAUUACUCCUCCGUGCUUCACAACGAUAGUGUACAAUUAUUUGAUCACUAUCAAUGUGGAACUGCUGUCAUUGUUGCUUGGCAUUCCCAUCGCUGGCGCAGAAGUCAUGAAUGAAUUGGACUUCCACUCUGUCGAUUUCAAUGAGGGAGAUGCACUGCGGUUAUAUACUUGUGACACAGGUCGUUAUUAUCCCUCAGAAUUCCACACUGGUAGACUCCUUGAUGAUCUCAAAGUCUUGCACUUUUACAUCACCAGAUGUUUUCUGCCUAGAUCUUUUGGUCUCAAUACUAUCUAUCCAUCCGACCUAUGGAUUCUGGCCAGUGCCAAGGAGAAUAGGGUCAUCAGUUAUCCUCACCUGAUGUUUGACCACAUGCUGAACUAUCAUGCUGAUAACUUUCAUGCCGAGCUUCCUUUUGCUCCACAAGUCACUCAGAUCCUGCUGGCUUUAGGAAUUGACCUUCGUUUUAAGGUGGCUCGUGUAGAUAUGCUAGGAUCACUUCGUGCUCAAUUCGUCCUGCGAAAAGUGUAUGCUUCAGUGGGUCGUCGUGGUCCGCUGGUCAAUGCUCCAGGGGGAGAAGCAGCUGCUGGAGUUCCCUCUGAUCAGGAUGGACUUCAUCUAUCUCAGUUGGGUAGGGAUGAAGCUGAGGAAGGACCAGAUAUGGCAGAUCUGGUUAGCACCGUCAGAGAUAAUGGGAAGCGCCCUAUGAUAGAUCCUUUGGAAGCGAUUCAAGCCAUGUUCAGGCAGGAGGAAGCAAGCAGCAGCAGUAGAAAUCUGAUGAUGGAGGAUGAAGAAGAAACCAUAUCAGAUUAUGUGCCAUCACCUAGGUUCUCCUUUUAA